AUGGAAGUAUAUGAUCCCGAAAUAGACUUUCCAGAGGCGUGGAAAUUAUUACAGCCAUUUAUGCUCAACGACGAGACUCUGAUAUCCAUCCGAAACUCAAUGUCACGUGAAUUACAGAACGGUCUGCUCAGAGACAUGCACGCWCGAUCCUCAAUACCCUGUUUACUUAGUUACGUACAGCAUUUGCCGACAGGGCACGAGCGAGGGCGUUUCCUUGCCCUGGAGAUGUGGCCCACCAACUGCCGCAUUAUGCUGGUCAAGUUUAGCAGCGAAAAGGACAUCUACAUGAGCUCCAAGUGCGUCAUAGUGCCCCAUACGGUAGCCGCAUCGCGGGGCACUACGCUCUUUAACUUUCUGGCCCAUAACAUAGCGAUAUUUGUGAGAGAUAAAAAGGUUGAGAAAGAUAAUCUCCCAAUGGGAAUCGCGUUCGCUUUUGAGCUCAACAAGCUAGCCCUCGAUGUGGGUAUUUUGGUUAGAUGGACCAAGGGCUAUGGUGCUCAAGGCGCGGUGGGCAAAAACAUUGUGAAGCUGCUGCAGAACGCGUUGGAUGAGUACAAGGAUAUACGCAUMAAUUUGAAUUCAAUUGUCAACAUYUCCGCCGGMACACUGAUGGCGCUUGCCUGGUCGUAUCCCAACUGUAAGAUCGGCUUGAUCGUAGGCACAUCCACAAAUGCCGCCUAUGUGGAGCAGACUGAUGCGUGCCAAAUGUAUGAAGGGAAUACAAAACAACCCUUGAUGAUCAUCAACACAGAGUGGAGAAACUUUGGAGCCAAUGGCCAUUUGGACUUCAUACGCAAUGAGUUCGACAAGUUAGUUGACGCAGUGUCCAACGAACCGGGCAUGAAGUUUUAUGAGAAGUGCAUCAGCACGUUGUAUUUGGGCGAGCUUGUGCGCCUCAUAGUCGUGCGUCUAAUGAAAAUGGGAGUAAUUUUUAAGGGUGCGAGCAUGGACUACUUUGAUAUUCAGUGGAAAAUGGAGAUGAAAUCGAUUAUGGCUAUCGAAUCGGAUCCACCUAAUGUUUAUACAAGUGCGCAUGACAAUUUGCCCCUUGGUUUCACAUUUUCCUUUCCAUGCAAACAUAUUGGUAUUGAUCAAGGAAUUCUGGUUACUUGGACGAAAGGCUUCAAGUCUGAGGGAGUGGUUAACAAGAACGUUGUUGAAAUGCUUCGAGAAGCCAUCAGCCGUCGAGGCGACUUCAAAGUCGAUAUUGUCGCCAUUCUCAACGAUACGACGGGAACUUUGAUGUCCUGCGCUUUUCAGAAGCAGAAUUGCAAAAUCGGAAUGAUUUUGGGCACGGGAACAAACGCCUGCUACGUGGAGAAAACGUCAAACGUGGAAAUGUUUCCGGCAUAUCAGACCAGCACAAAACCCCAUAUGAUCAUCAACUGCGAGUGGGGCGCGUUUGGGGAGAAUGGUGAGCUAGAUUUUGUUCGCACUUCCUUCGAUAAGGCAGUGGACAGGGAGUCCUUAUAUCCCACAAAACAGGUGUUCGAGAAGUGCAUCUCUGGUAAGUAUAUGGGCGAGCUGGUGCGCCACAUUGUAGUGGAGCUGAUGGACAAGGGCGUCCUCUUCAAGGAUGCAACGUCUCAGAUUCUUCGUGAGAGGGAGAAGUUCGAUACUCGCUUUUUAAGUGAAAUCGAGUCCGACAAGCCGGGCCGAGUGCGCAACGCCUGCAAAGUGAUGGAUGAGCUAGGCGUCAGAGGAACUAGCGAGGAGGAUUUACUCUGUCUGCGUCACAUAUGCCAAACGAUAUCCACACGAUCCGCCAAGCUGGCAGCGUGUGGACUGGUCUCUUUGAUCAAGAAAACAAAAGUCAAGGACAUAGCAGUGGGCAUUGAUGGGAGUGUGUAUUGCUUUCAUCCGCAUUAUCAUAGGCUGUUACUGGAAAACAUGAAAUUACUGUUGAAGGGCUCGGCAAAAUUUGAGCUGAGUCUUUCCAAAGAUGGCUCGGGUCGUGGUGCGGCUUUAACUGCUGCCGUCUACACUCGACGUCCACCGAAUCCACCGAAAGCCUUGCCUCCAGAAAAACAAUCAAGUUCGUGUCCUCUAAAAGCAUCCGCACCAGCAGGCAUGCCAACAGUGCGUCGCUUUAUCCAGAAAGUUAUUUGGACAUUCAGGCACUUUUGAUAAUCCUCUCAAAGACUUGUUUCAAAAAUAUAUCGACUUUUAAGUAUUUUUAUGACAGAACCAUCGCAAUAGGUAUAUACUUUGUAAUACAUCAGUGGAACCCAUAAAAUCGCACUUGAUUUGUUUUUGUAUUUAAGAAUUACCUAACUAAAAAACUACUCGAUACC